UCCUCCAGGUUGGCCCUGCCUUCCCACCAGGUGCUCCAUCACUGCUUCGAGCUGUGGCUCAGCAUUUCUGCUACAAGACCUUAAAGGGGCACAUCUGAAAGAAAGGGAUGAAGUCUGGGAACUGACUAGAGAAAUGGCUGGGCAUGUUUUCAACAACAGCAGUGAAGUCUUAUUUCCAUGGUUUCAGUCCUUAGCGAUCAAAACUUUAAAACAAAAAUUGGCACUUUCACGUAUUUUUUUCUUCUGCGUGCUUUGGGGAUCCACUUGGAGGAACAGUCUCUCCUGACUGACCUUUGGAGGAGAAAUUGUUCCUAAGAACCAACCUGGCACCAGCUCAAUCCUAAUGCAGCUGUAACACAACUCAGUGCUCAACUGAUGUUUUCACAAUCUUUAAAUACAUAUAAAUAGUGAUUAUGUAGUCCCACAGCAUAGCUAUGGGAAUAAAUAACAUUUAAAGUCAUUUUCUGACCUACUAGACAUUACUAGAUUUACCCCGUGCCCCAUCUUUGUUCAUAAAUCCACCCUCCAUAAGCCUGAAGAACACUGCCUAUGAGAGGCAGCAUUUUCAUGGUGGUUUAAGUGCAGUCUGUGCUGGGCUCUUGGCUUUCUGUCACAGGUGGGAUGCAAGGCUGCACAACGUGAGAUGGAUUUAGAGUUCCAUUUUUCCAUACACAGUUGAUCACUAUGUGGGUAAAUCUCCCCCUCAAGGCCCGAGCAGUGGAAGCCUCCUAUGCCUGCAGUUAUCUCCCAAAACAUCUAAGCUGUGUUCUGAUCCUCAGCAUGUGUGUGCCUGGGCCAGGUGAGCACCACAGCACAAAGCAGUGCUUGCUAUGCAGCGUGCCGCCUGUGUUGCAAUUCUAGUCACAGCCACGACGGGAAGGUGUAAUAAUGGUGAGAGCCAUUAACCCGGGCUGCUGCCUCCUGCGGGUUCCAAUCAGACAUUGGGUGGUUUCCAAACGUGUUUUCCAGUGUAUAAUUUUAGCAUGUGCGUCAAUAGAAAGCAGAAAGAAAACAGGAUUCACUGCGUACAAUUAGAGGGACCGCAUCCCUGCCGCCAGCGGGACGACCCCAGCCCUCCCACUGCAGGGAGCAGCACCUGUCCCAGCCCCAUCCCUCCCGUCCCUAUAAGCACAGCACUGCGGGCACCUCGGCACCCCGCUCCCAUCUCCCAUCUCCUGCAGCCUGAACCAUGGCCGAGGGGGAGAUAACCACCUUCACAGCCCUGACCGAGCGCUUCGGCCUGCCGCUGGGCAACUACAAGAAGCCCAAACUCCUGUACUGCAGCAACGGGGGCCACUUCCUACGGAUCCUGCCGGACGGCAAGGUGGACGGGACGCGGGACCGGAGCGACCAGCACAGUAAGGACCGGCCGGGCUGCUUGGCUCUCCUGCGUGUUUGCAUGCCCUGCAUUGCUUGGUCAGCCUUACCAGCAGAAGCAACCUGGCACGGGUGUGCAGGCGGCUGUGCAGCCGGGAGGGGCAGCCAGAAGGGGUGCUAAUUGCAGGGGAUGUAAUUGAGGGGUUAAUUGCAGCAUGCAGGCAAGCAGGGGGAGGAGCUGCAGCCCUGCGCACACCCGCAGCCAUCACACCUGAUCUGAUGGCAUCUCUGCGUGUCCCUGGGUCGGGCAGCAGAGGCACUGCACAUGCGAUGCUCUUGGGCAGCACGGCUGUGCUUCUCACACAUGAGUCAGGGGCUGGAGCUCGGCGUGCUGAAUGUGUUGUAUCUGUGUGCCCUGCAUGUAGCAUCUCGUCUUCAGUACCUUCCCUUUCCCCUAUGUGGUUAAUUAAGUUCCUGCAGGAUGCAGAGGUCCAAAAGAGGCAAGAACAAGGCUGGCCUGGCCCGCUGCAGCAGCACCUUGCCCCCUGCAGCUCCCCUGGCUGAGCCCCUCCUUAGCAGCCACCUGCAUAAGGCACAAAGCAGCUGUGUGACACUGAUGAGACAGUUCACAGCUCUGUUUGGGAGCUUUAAGCUCUGGGGGCCACUGCACUUCCAAAGUGCUCAAGAGGAUUUGGGGAGUGGGAGCCCAAGGCAGUGGGGCUGGAUUCUGCUCUGCUCUGCUCACGGUGCUCAGCAGCACAGCCUGUUAUUCCAUAUCCUGAGUGCUUACUGGAAUGUAAUCUGCAGCUAUUCAAAUCUCAUAUCUGGUGGGGAAGGAGCCCUGGGAGGAGCCCAAUUGGCCAUAUAUAUUCUAGGAAAAUGCUUUUUUUUCCCCAUUAAACCAUAAGCACCCACGUGGCUUUCUCCCCAGGCUUAACCUUUCCUCCUGCUUCAACGGGCAGCAGAGUUCUGGGUACAAACACCACUCCCUGCUCCUUGCAGCAUCCCAGCAGCACUGGGAACAGCCCUGAGUCCCCGUCCUCAGGUUCUCCAGCCCACUCCCAACCCCACUAGCCUGAGCCCUGCAGCCAGCAUCUCCCC